AUGGGUAGAGAGAAAGAGCUGCGGAUAGUGAUGUUCCCAUGGUUUGCCUUUGGACAUUUUAUCCCUUACCUACACCUUUCCAAUAAACUUGCUGAGAAAGGCCACAAAAUCACCUUCUUGCUUCCUGACAAAGCUAAGCUUCAGUUGGACCCACUAAACCUUCACCCUUCUCUCAUUAAUUUCCAUUCAAUCACUGUCCCACACCUCGAAACUCUCCCUCCUGCCACUCAGACAACUGCGGAUAUCUCCCUCGACCAACAUGGCGAUCUGUCCAUUUCCAUGGACCGCACUAGGCCUGACGUGGAGUCUAUCCUAUCAACCCACAAGCCCGACUUUGUCCUCUACGACAUGGCCCAUUGGAUACCCGAUAUUGCUAGCAAGCUCGGGAUCAAGUCAGUGUCAUACAACAUUGUAUGUGCUAUUUCUCUGUCCUUUGUCAGGCCUAGCCUCCUUCCAAAAGCAGCUGAACCUGAAAGGCCAGUCAAUAAUGUCCCUGGGUGGUGUCUCAAGGACUCAUCACCCUAUUUUGGGGAAGGGAUUACCUUACUUGAACGGUCUGUCAUCUCCCUCUCAUCUGCGGAUGCAAUAGCCAUCCGCACCUUCAGGGAGAUUGAAGGGGUAUAUUGUGACCGUGUUGCUGCUACAUUUAACAAGCCUGUCCUUGUCACUGGCCACGCCUUGCCUGAUCUUCAACUCUCCCCCCCGUUGGAGACUCACUGGGCUGAGUGGCUAGCCAGGUACGACCCCGGGUCAGUGAUCUUUGUCUGCCUUGGUAGUCAGCAUGUCUUAGACGCACCCCAACUGCAGGAGCUGGCUAUUGGCCUGGAAAUGACAGGACAUCCCUUCUUGAUGGCUGUAAAGCCUCCUGUGGGUUGUGCCACCUUGGAGGAGCUGCUUCCAGAAGGGUAUAAUGAUCGGGUUAGCGGGAGAGGGGUGGUUCACGGUGGGUGGGUGCAGCAGCAGCAAAUACUGGCGCACCCAUCGUUAGGGUGCUUUGUGACCCAUUGUGGGUCUUCGUCCAUGUGGGAGGGGUUAAGUAGUGAAAGUCAGCUGGUAUUACUCCCACAGCUGCCAGACCAAACUCUGAACGCCAACUUGAUGGCAGAUGAGCUCAAGGUGGGUGUGAAGGUGGAGCGACAACAGAACGGGUGGGUGUCAAAGCAAGGUCUAUGUGAAGCCAUCAACAGAGUGAUGGAUCAAGAUAGUGAUGUAAGUCAUGUAGUGAGGAAGAAUCAUGCUAAAUGCAGAAGUAUGUUGAUUAGCCCAGGCUUUAUCACCGACUACAUUGACAACUUCAUCAAGGAUUUACAAGCCCUUAUUCCUUAA